UCAUCGACGCGUCUUUGUUUGACGAGUUCUGUCUUAUUAGCAGUGCAUGGCUGUGUUGUGGAAUAUCCAUCAGGUCUGAAGGCAGCGAGCGGGACUUUCUUUUUAAGCUGACAGUCCAGCAGCAGCAGCAGCAGCAGCAUGGGUCGGCGUUCCUCUGACAGCGAGGAUGACAGUCGGAGCCGGAGGAAAAGAAAACAACGUCGCCGUUCAUCUUCCUCAUCCUCUUCUUCGUCCUCCUCCGGRAGCCGAGUGAGAAGUAGCCGCACUCGGAGAUCCAGUCGCCGGAGCCGGUCACGCUCCAGAGAUCGAAGGAGAAGACGACGUUCCAGCAGCAGUUCAUCUCACAGUUCAUCUCACAAGAGGAGGAGUCGAAGUGCAGACAGAGAUAAAGGGAGAAGUCACCGUUCUCACAGGUCACGCAGCCGGGACAGAAGGUCUCGAUCGCGCCACAGAAAGUCUCGCAGUGGAAGCGGAAGCCGUAGCCAUCGAACGAGCCACAGCCGCAAACGGAGCCACAGCAGGGAACGGGARAGGAGUCGUCGUAAGGGCCAUGACCGAGACAAGGAGAAGGAGAGGGCUAAGAAGUCGGAGAAGAAGGGAUGCUGUGCCGGGCUGCCAUUGUUUCCCAUCAGUUUUUCUGGGGCUGCGAGGAGAGCCAAAAGAUUUCCACAUGUGACUUUAACGCCGGCGUCCCUCCUGCCGUAAAGCACCGUGCUUCAU